AACUACGAUAACAAAAACAUUCACCACACAUCACAGAUCUUCAGGAUCGAUCGAGAUCACAGCUAGCCUAGGAAGUAGGCUCCAACGAUCAGUGUUACUGAUGAGAAUGUAAGCCAGCAGGCAUGAUGUGCUAAAUUUGGCUUACCAAUUCUUGUCUCGAGACCUUAAGGAAUAUGGAAUCCAUGGCUGAAUUGGAAGAAGAUGUUGAAGAGGUCGACAGGGAUGAAUUUGUGUCACUGACCUCUGCGGAGCACCAGCCAGCGGGAACGACAAAGUUUGUCCUACUAGCUGCAACCAUGGCUGCCCUGGGAGGCAUCUUAUUCGGUUAUGACAUUGGUAUAGUCUCUGGUGCCAUGCUGCAGUUAAAGGAAGACUUUGAACUAAACUGCCAGCAACAAGAAAUGAUAGUCAGCCUGCUACUUGUUGGUGCACUCAUUGGGGCAUUGUCAGGAGGUUUCUUUGUGGACUGGAUUGGGCGUCGCUGGUCUAUCAUCCUCAACACGGUCAUAUUCAUAACUGGGGCAAUUGUACUAGCAAUUGCUCCAGUCUAUGAAGUGCUGAUUAUUGGACGCUUGAUUGUCGGUUUUGCAGUAUCAUUGUCGGCCAUUGCGGAGUGUAUAUAUAUCUCAGAAAUAUCGCCCAUGAAGCAACGUGGUCGCUUGGUGUGUGUGAACGAGGUCGGCAUAACCUUGGGCCUACUCCUCGCUUAUCUUGUCAACUAUUUCCUUAUCUUAGUCCCAUCAGGAUGGAGGUACAUGUUUGGCCUGUCAAUAAUCCCAGCUCUGGUGCAGGGGGUAGGGAUGUUCCUCCUACCCCCAAGCCCACGGUUCCUGAUGCAGAAGGGUAGGGAGACCCAGGCACGGACGGUGUUACAGAAACUGCGAGGGACUGAGCUGAUAGAGGGAGAACUGAGCAACAUUAGGAAUUCACUGCUCACAGAACAUGAAUACAAGGUUUGUGAUGUACUGAGCACGGUCGACAACAUGAGAGGGCGCUUUCUCAUCGGUGUUGGCCUUGUGUUCUUCCAGCAGUUCACAGGCCAAACCAAUGUGCUAUAUUACGCUCCAACUAUUUUUAAGUCUCUUGGUUUUGGAACUGAUGCAGCUGCUACCAUGGCAACAGUUGGUCUUGGAUUAGUAAAGGUGCUAACAACAACCAUAUGUCUGUGCUGUGUUGACAAAGCAGGCAGACGGCAUUUUCUCCUGGUAGGUGCAGGCAUCAUGACGGUCAUCAUCAUCAUUUUAGGAAUCGUUGCCCAGUUUUCACUACCAGUCCAGGCCAAGAGACCAUGCAUCGCUCCAAAUACGACAGAAGUCCACUCCAUGGUCCUCAGUGCACAGCAACAAGGAAAUUUAUCCUUUAGCAAAAAUACCUCUGAAGCGGAGACUAGCCAGCAAAGGUCAAGGGUCGAACGGGAUGAGAACCCUGAACCUUCUGCAGUAACUGAACAGCCAGUAAUGCAGUCUGCAACAAUCAUCAUUCCAGAUAUAACUAGUAAAUUGAAAUCUCUAGAGCUCACGUCGUCUUUCAGCACAGCGUCAAUGCACACACGAUCUCCAACGAGUGCGUCAUCUACAGAAACCUUGACCCAAAGUUUAACAGAACGGAAUUCCAACACGCAAGAAGCAACUCCCGAAAGUCUCGCUACAUCAAAUCCAUCUUCGGAACAUGUAGACGUCGAUCAAGAUUUAGUCACUAGUCUUACUACGACUGCUAGUACAAAUGGUACAGACAUUGCUACUGGAAACGGUACAGGAAAUACGGACGCUACACCAACUAAAGCAGACCCGGGCAUUGCACAGAUUGUGGCAUUCAUAUGUCUGACGCUGUAUGUCGGUGCUUACUCAUAUGGCUUCGGACCGGUGACCUGGCUGGUGUUGAGCGAAAUUUUCCCUGUUGGUAUCCGAGGCAGGGCCAGUUCACUGGCGACCGUCUUCAAUUGGGGUACCAACGUACUGGUAUCCCUCACAUUCCUGGACGUCAUGAAUGGCAUAGGUCCGUCAUGGACGUUCCUGCUGUAUGGCCUGAUAUGCAGUGUAGCGUUUGUCUUCAUCUACUGCGUGGUGCCCGAGACAAAGAAUCGAUCACUGGAGCAAAUCUCAGCAGCACUGAAGAAAAAAUCAAAUCUGACAGGUCUACCAGGGCACUGCUGUCUCCAGAGGGCGGGCUUCUGCUGUCCUUGUUGCCAUGGGAACAAGCAUCAUCGGCUCCCUCUAACAGACUCCUACAGCGAUGCGCAGGGUACCAUCGACCAAAUGUGCUUGGUCGAAACAGACAAUACAAGAAUUUAAUCAAUGGAUAAAGAAAAUUGUAUUUUUGGUGUACAUUUGCAAGAAACUUGCUGCUGAAGAUUAUUUUUUGAAAAAUGUU